AAUGAUGUGUCAUUACAGGAGUUGGUGUCAUUUGAGGAUGUGGCUGUGGACUUCACCUGGGAGGAGUGGCAGGACCUUAGUGAUGCUCAAAGGACUUUGUACAGGGAUGUGAUCCUGGAGACCUACAGCAACCUGGUGUCACUGAAUGUCCAGAUAGAUGAUGACCUAGUGAAGAGGAACCAAGAAUGUCAUGGUAGAUGCUUGCAGCAAAUUGUAAUCACCAACAGCAACACAGCAGCUGAGGAGAGAGUUGUGUUAGGAAAAUCAUUUUAUUUGAAUUCAUAUCAUGUUUUAAGUUGGAUUAUAAAUAAUGGAAACCAUUCAGGAAAGGGACAUGAGGAGUUUUACAUAUGUCAGAAUGCACUUCUUCCUAGAGAGCCUGAUGAGAUGCCUGCUGGAGAGAAAUCUGAUGACCAUCAUACAAAUGGAAAAUUGCUGAGACAUCAUGAGCAUCUUAGUCAGCAUCCCAAUAUUCAAACUGGGAAGCAGACUUUAGAAUACAGUGGAAUAGGGAAAUUGCCCUACACAGAGCCAAUGGUAUUUAUAAAUAAAGAGAUUCAUAUGGAUGAAACCACCUGUAAGUAUAAUGAAUAUUGGAAAGGCUGUGGUAAGUCAGCUGUCAUUGACCAAGAAAUAAAUAAGGUAGAAAAGAAAACUUUUCAAUCUGGUAUAUGUGGGGAAAUGUUCUAUAAAAAAUCUAAACUCACUAAACAUCAGGUUAUACACACAGGAGAGAUCCAUAUUUUAUAUCAGGGAACUCACAUAGGUGAGAAACCACAUGAAUGUAAAGAAAGUGGGAAAGCUUUUAACCAAAAGUCAGAUUUCAGCAGGCAUGAGAGAAUUCACACACAAGAGAAACCAUAUGAAUGUAGAGAAUGUAGAAAAACUUUUAGUGAAAAGUCACACCUGAGGAAUCAUCAGAGAACUCACACAGGUGAGAAACCAUAUGAAUGCAAAGAAUGUGGAAAAGCUUUUAGCCAAAACUCAAACCUCAGCAGUCAUCAGAGAACUCACACAGGUGAGAAACCAUAUGAAUGCAAAGAAUGUGGAAAAGCUUUUAGCCAAAAGUCAAACCUCAGCAGUCAUCAGAGAACUCAUACAGGUGAAAAACCAUAUAAUUGUAGAGAAUGUGGAAAAGCUUUUAGUGAAAAGUCACACCUCAUAAGGCAUGAGAGAACUCACACAGGUGAGAAACCAUAUGAGUGUAGAGAAUGUGGAAAAGCUUUUAGUGAAAAGUCACACCUCAUAAGGCAUGAGAGAACUCACACAGGUGAGAAACCAUAUGAGUGUAGAGAAUGUGGAAAAGCUUUUAGUGAAAAGUCACACCUGAGGGAUCAUCAGAGAACUCACACAGGUGAGAAACCAUAUGAAUGCAAAGAAUGUGGAAAAGCUUUUAGUGAAAAGUCACACCUGAGGGAUCAUCAGAGAACUCACACAGGUGAGAAACCAUAUGAAUGCAAAGAAUGUGGAAAAGCUUUUAGCCAAAAGUCAAACCUCAGCAGUCAUCAGAGAACUCAUACAGGUGAAAAACCAUAUAAUUGUAGAGAAUGUGGAAAAGCUUUUAGUGAAAAGUCACACCUCAUAAGGCAUGAGAGAACUCACACAGGUGAGAAACCAUAUGAGUGUAAAGAAUGUGGGAAAGGUUUAGGUGGAAAGGUUGAACUCAGCAGACAUGAGAGAACUCACACAGGAGAGAAGCCAUAUGAAUGUAAAGAAUGUGGAAAAGCUUUUAAUCAAAAGGCAAACCUCUGGAGGCAUGAGAGAACUCACACAGGUGAGAAACCAUAUGAAUGUAAAGAAUGUGGGAAAGCUUUUAGUGACAAGUCAACAUUACGCAGUCAUCAGACAAGUCACACAGGUGAGAAACCAUAUGAAUGUAAAGAAUGUGGGAAAGCUUUUAGUGACAAGUCAACAUUACGCAGUCAUCAGAGAAGUCACACAGGUGAGAAACCAUAUGAAUGCAAAGAAUGUGGGAAAGCUUUUAGUGAAAAGUCACUUCUCAGCAGGCAUGAGGGAACUCACACAGGUGAGAAACGGUAUGAAUGUAAAGAAUAUGGAAAAGAUAUAAGUGGACAGGUGGAAUUCAGCAGGCAUGAGAUAACUCACACAGGUGAGAAACCAUAUGAACGUAAAGAACGUGGAAAAGCUUUUAGUGAAAAGUCAUACCUCAGCAGGCAUCAGAGAACUCAAGGUGAGAAAUCACAUGAAUGCAAAGAAUGUGGAAAAGCUUUUAAUCAAAUGUCACACCUCAGCAGUCAUCAGAGAAUUCACAUAGGUGAGAAAUCAUGAGAAUGUAAGGAAUGUGGAAAAACAGUUUACUGGAACUCACCAUAAUAGACAUGAACAAAUUCACAACAUGGGAAAAUCCCAAUUAAUGUAAUGGCUGUGGGAAAAGGUUUUGCCAUAAAUCACAUCUGAGGUUUCAUCAGAGAACUUACACCAAGAAGAAGCCCUAUAAAUGCACAACUGUCCCUUGAUAUUGGAGGUUGGUUCCUGGAACCCCUGUUGAUGAAAGCACUUGCAAAUGAUCAAGCACUUUCUGUAAAUGGUGUAUUGUUUCAAUAUUACCUAUGAACUUUUUUCUGUGUCCUUUACAUCUUGAGUAGAAUAUUUAUGUUUAUAUUACUGAAUACGAAGGAAUUCCUUGUAAAUAGUUGCUGUACUGUGUUGUUUUUUUAACCUGUAUUAUAGUUUUAUUUUUUCUUUUGAUUUUUAACAAUUUUUAUGUGUUUGGUUGAAUCAACAGAUGUGCAACCCUCAGAUAUAGGAGGUCAAUAAUUGUGAAAACAUCUUUUUUCAGCAGUUACAGGGCUGGCUAUAGUUAGCCUAUUGUUGGUUAGAACAUCGUGCUGAUAACACCAUGGGUCCCUGUACUAGCCAGCCACUGGGGGGAAAAAAGAGAAAGAAAAAUAAAAAGAACUCACAGUGCAGCAGUUGAGAUAAUUCUGUAUGGAUUAGACUUGGUAUGUAUUUUCUAAAAAACACCUUUUUUCUCUUGUACACAUGCCUGCAAUCUCAGCCAUUAAUUAUUGUGUGUGGAACCGUGUAAUUUAGCUUUGUUCAUGGGAUUAUGGAUACAGGUGAUAAACAUUACUUCCAGGCCACUUUCAAGCCACGCAGUAAAAAAAAACAUUCAUGCA